AGCGCCCAUAGGAUAAAUGCCUGUGGUCACGCCUCCUAGAACUCCUAUAGGCUCCCGCGCCCGGCUCCGCUAGGAAGCAGGCCUCUCCCUGGCGCUUCCGGCCAACGGCUGCGGCGCGUGCGCCCUGCCGCUCCCUGACGUAUGAAGAGGGAUCGGACCCCGACACCUUCUCUGUGUUUGCUCUCCUUGGACGCUGGGGUGCGCCAGAGACACGGGAUUCCUUUUCCUGGAACGUGACUCCUCCCCGUCAGGGGCAGGGGCCAGGAACAGCCAUGGCUCCAAAGCGCAAGCCCCAGGUGCAGCGUGAGGGUCCUGAGAAGAAGAAGGGGCAUCAGGGGGCAGAAGAGGAGGACAGUUUCCGCUCCACUGCCGAGGCCCUCAGGGCCACACCCACAGAGAAGCGCAUAGCCUAGAUGGACCCCCUGUGCCCACUCAGCUGCAACCCUGGGACCCAGGUGCGUGAAGACUAUGACUGCACCCUGAACCAGACCAACAUUGGGAGCAACAACAAGUUCUACAUCAUCCAGCUGCUGGAAGAAGGUGACUGCUUUAUCUGCUGGAACCGCUGGGGGCACGUGGAUGCACAGAAGGACUUUGAAAAGAAAUUUCGGGACAAGACCAAGAACAGCUGGGCAGAGCAGGACCACUUUGUGGCCCACCCCAGCAAGUAUACACUUAUCGAAGUACAGAGAGAGGAUGAGGCCCAGGAAGCCAUGGUGAAGGUAGACAGAGGCCCAGUGAGGACCGUGGUUCAGCAAGUGCAGCCCUGCUCCCUGGACGCAGCCACACAGAAGCUCAUCACCAACAUCUUCAGCAAGGACGUGUUCAAGAAUGCCAUGGCUAUCAUGAACUUGGAUGUGAAGAAGAUGCCACUGGGGAAGUUGAGCAAGUAGCAGAUUUCCUGGGGUUUGGAGGCCUUGGAGGCAGUGGAGGCGGCCCUGAAAGCCCCCGCAGAUCGUGGCCUCAGCCUGGAGGAGCUAUCCUCCCACUUCUACACCAUCAUUCCCCACAACUUCGGCCAUAGCCAGCCCCCACCCAUCAACUCCCCGGAGCUUCUGCAGGCCAAGGACAUGCUGCUGGUGCUGGCAGACAUCGAGCUGGCCCAGACCCUGCAGGCAGCCCCCGAGGAGACAGAGAAAGCGGAGGAGGUGCCACACCCACUAGACCGAGAUUACCAGCUCCUCAAGUGUCAGCUCCAGCUGCUGGACCCAAAGGCGCCUGAGUACAAAGUGAUACAUACCUACUUGGAAAAGACUGGCAGCAAGUACAGUUGCCCUGCUCUUCAACAUAGUUGGACAGUGAACCGAGAAGGGGAGGGAGAUCAGUUCCAGCCCCACGACAAGCUGGGUAAUCGGAAGCUACUGUGGCACGGCACCAACAUGGCUGUGGUGGCCGCCAUCCUCACCAGUGGGCUCCGCAUCAUGCCACAUUCUGGUGGCCGUGUUGGCAAAGGCAUCUACUUUGCCUCGGAGAACAGCAAGUCAGCUGGCUAUGUUGCUGGCAUGUCCUGCGGGGCCCAUGACAUUGGCUACAUGUUCCUGGGUGAGGUGGCACUGGGCAGAGAGUACCACAUCACCGUCUAUGCGCCCAGCUUGAAGCAGCCAUCCCCUGGCUUCGACAGUGUCAUUGCCCGUGGCCACGCAGAGCCUGUUCCAACCCAGGACACCAAGCUGGAGCUGGAUGGCCAACGAGUGGUGGUGCCCCAGGGCCAGCCCAUGCCCUGCCCAGAGUUCAGCAGCUCCAGCUUCUUCCAGAGCGAGUAUCUCAUCUAGCAGGAGAGUCAGUGCCGCCUAGGCUACCUGCUGGAGGUUCUCCUCUGAGUUGUCUGCCCAACCCGCCUCCCGUCCACCGCCAGGAGCUAGACCAUCAUCCUCAAUCUUCCUCCCAUCCCUGGUGCCCCCAUAUCACCCCUUCUUGUUCUCAAAUCUCCCUCCUGUGUCCAGAUAGUGAUCCCCUCUCCCUCUAAUCCUUGGUGGUCCUGGCAUGGCUGUGGCCUCAGUCUCGCCUCCUAAGGUGAUGGAUGUGAUGGACUGGCGUCAUUACUGGGACACGGAUACAGCAGCCUAUUCAAGCCUGUGUAGUUAGAGAAGCACAGGCUGAGAGUGGGCGGGUUCCACAUGCACCCGGGCCGUCCACCCUGGCCCAGACUGUCCAUCCGAGAGAGGCGUGAUCACCGAGGUGGGCCGAACUUCAGACAUGCACAGGCAAGUGUAUUAAACGUUGUAUUGGCUCA